ACCGGCUUCAGCCGGUAUAAAAUCUGCAAAGCCUCAGUAAGAGGAAACGGAGACAGGGAGUUGGCAUGUCAUACCUGCUUUAGAUAUAAUUUCUGUGUUUAUAAGUUGUUAAUGAAGCCAUUUAGCUAUAAAACAUAAGCUAUAAACUAUAUAUUUAAGCCGGGUCGCUCUCGCUCGGUUGUCUUUCUCAGAAGUGACUGAUGCUCAUAGCGAUGUUCUCCAGCGAACACUUCAAUAGAGCCUGCUAACUUAGCUCUCCAAUUUUUCCCCCCCCCUAAUACUCCGAGUUUUCCUCACUUUCCUCAACGUUUCGAAACACCAGUGUGCAUCAUGAGAGGAAUAAUGUCUGGCCUGAAGGGCUGCACAAGUCCCAAUGUAUACGAUGAGGUGCCAGAUGGAGGCUGGGGUUGGCUGGUGGCUGCUGCCUUCUUCUUUGUGGAGGUUUUCACCUAUGGCAUCAUCAAGAUUUUUGGGAUCUUCCUGCAGGACCUCAGGACAGACUUUAAUGAAACCAACAGCAGGGUGUCUUGGGUCGUCUCCAUAUGUGUCUUUGUCAUGGCCUUCACAGCUCCUCUUUCCACGGUGAUGAGCAACCGAUUUGGCUAUCGGCCGGUCGUCAUGCUCGGUGGACUCCUGAUCAGCCUGGGUACAAUUACAACAGCCCUUACCAGCUCCAUCAUUGAGAUGUACAUUACCAUGGGAAUUGUUGCAGGCCUGGGUUACUGCCUUACCUUCCUGCCUACAGUUACCAUCUUGUCGCAGUACUUCAGCAAGCGCCGUUCCCUCGUCACAUCCAUAGCCUCCACAGGAGAAUGCUUCUCCCUGCUAGCACUUGCGCCAGCUAUGAAUGCGCUGAAGGAGCAGAUCGGCUGGCGGAACUGUUUGAUUGUGAUCGGGGUCAUGCAGGCCUCAAUUAUUGUCUGUGGGGCUCUGCUAAAGCCGAUAGUCAUCAAACCCAAACCCGUCACCGCAGAGGACUCCACAUCCCCCCUUAAAGAACCCGAAUCUAAAUUCGACCUGGAGAAUGAAUUCACACGGACCUCUUUCGACUCUGUGGAUUCAGGGGUCCAGUCCGUCACCUCUUUCCAGAUCAACCUGUCCGAGGACCAGGAAUCUACGGAACAGGAGAAAAAAGCACUUAAGGAAAAGGAGGAAGAAGAAAACGAGCCUCCAGCGGUGCCUGAGACCCCGCUCGAAAAGAAACGAGAAGACUCAAGCGACUCUAGACCCAAGUUGUUAGACUUCUCCGUGCUCAGAGAUGCCAGCUUCAACUGCUAUGCACUGUUUGGCCUGUUCGCCAGUUUGGGCUUCUUCGCUCCUCAGCUCUAUGUCAUUGAGCUGAGCGUGAGCCGAGGAGUGCAGCGGGAGAGAGCCACCUACAUGCUCUCAACCAUGGCCGUGGCUGAGAUCGUAGGUCGCCUGUCCAUGGGUUGGGUGCUCAAUCGCAGGCCCAUCCGCAAAAUCUACAUUCUGCUGAUCUGCACGGUUCUGCUGUGUCCGGUGCUGAUCGUCUUCACCUUCGUCACUGAGUUCUGGGGGCUCAUGUUCUGUUGCUGUUUCUAUGGCUUCCUGCUGGGCACCGUGGCCUCCAGUCACAUCCCAAUGCUGGCUGAAGAUGACGUGAUCGGCAUUCAGAGAAUGUCAUCGGCCGUUGGCGUCUAUGUCUGUAUCCAGAGCUUUGCAGGACUGGCUGGUCCACCUUUAGGAGGUUUUCUGGUAGACAGGACUAACAAUUAUGGAUCAGCCUUUUAUUCGUGUGCGGCUGGGAUAGGAGUCGGGGCUCUGUUUCUUGGACUGGUGCGUCCAGCCAAAGCCGGCCUUUGCCUUUGGAGGAGAAGAAAUGAGCAGCAAACAACGGACAAAGACUCCAGCUCACAGGGCAGUGAUGAAGGCCUUGCUGACUUUGUGGAAAUGGACAUGGAACAGAACAACAGUCCUGAAAAGAGCAAACCUCGGCCAGUAUGAAAACCGCCUCACCUCAAGAGCAAACACCAUAUCCUUCACUUGAAUAAUCAUCCCAAAGGCUGCCGUACACAACCCCUGUGGAAACGUGGUAACUUUCUAACUUUAAGUCAAUUAAGGAAGAGUUUAAUCACUCUUCGUUGCACUUUUUUUGCUGACCACCCAAUCAGAAUCCUGAAAACAUUCCUUGUGUUGUUAUUUAUUGAAAACAAGCAAACGUUCCUCUCCUUUACAGAUAAGCACACUUUUAAAGAGAACAAGAGUUAAACCAAUUAAGCAUCCAGUUCUAUUCCUUAAAUUUACCAAAGCCUUUUUUUAUUAUAUUGUCCGCAAACCAUCGUACCACUUUUACUUCUGGCUUUAACAUCUAAAAAAGAAACCUCAGGCUGUUUUGCUGCUUACAUUGAGGCCAUGAUGCAUAUUACAUUAGAUUGCAUAAGCCUCAUUCAGAGUCGAAGGUGAGACAAGAACAGAGCUGUCUAUUGUUUUAGGGUUAUAUGUUAUCCGUUUGCCUAUAGAUAACGGUCUGUGUUCACUGGUUUAAUAUUUAACUAUUAUUGCUAUUGCUAAUGGAAACCAAGAUGGCAGCAUCUCAGCUCUGAUGAUAAAUCAUAAUCCACUGUCAGUCAGAACUGAAAAAACUGAUAAGUCAUGGUGACCAAACGUCUCAACUGCUGCUCAGAGAUGUAUGCUGUCUAGAAAAACCUUCAAAAGUUUCUCAUGAAAAACGAUGGCUAUCGAAUGUCAUGUUACCGCUGUAAGUGAAGCGCGCCGUCCGUGCCUUCUCAAAGAAUUCUGCUGAAUUACGAAGAGAGUUUGACUUGAAACAGGAAGCUUUCAUAUAAAAACAAAGACGUGUAUUUUGAAUUGCUUUUUUAAUAGUGAAAGACACCCGUCUAUAACACGUUCACUUCAGCGAAGUAGAACGCAGAAAACUAAUGGAAAAGAACUCGUGAAACAUUGAAAAACGUAAAAGUUGAAAUUCUGACGGAACGAGUCUGUAUGUCAAUUUUUUUACCUUUAGAUAUCAGGAUCAUUUUGAACAUGGUCCACUGACGCCUAUGCCUCUCAAACAUCUGUUCUGGGUGUAGGAUGGGUGCGAGGUUACCACAUUAAGUGAAAAAGGGUGCACUGGUUUACUGCAGCGGCUAAUGCUCGUCUACAGACAGGGGUAUUAGUAGUUAUAUGUGCACAGCAGUGAACUCACUCAACUAUAGGGGGUUCCAGAGUCACAAUAAAAUAAACUACAUAGAGUUGCUUCAUUAUUACGUGACGCACAUCAGUGAUUCAUAAAAGGUGAGGCAACUGAACGUGUUCCGGCGAGAAUGAUCCCUGAAAACAUAAUACACCAAAUCUUGACUAGUUUUUUUUUAUGUGCGAUUCACUACAUGAAUGACAGAACGGGUAAUUUGACGGAGAGAAAUGAUAGUUCAUAAGCACUAUAGUUUAAAAUGAAAAAAACCCCAAUGAAGUAUUCUAGCACCAAGUAGUGCAUAUGAGAGGAGUCUGUAGGUGAAACCCAUUAAAGCACUUACCUAAUGACUUGAAAUCUUGUGUACCUCUUAUCUUCUGUAAACUCUUUUCAUUUGUCAUACACGCAGGGCCGUCGCUAGCAGGGUGAAAGAUUGAGUGAAUUAUAGGGGCCCACGUCUGGCGAUCUCAGUCGCCUCUUGCACUUGUACAGACAGAUACACAGAAAUAUCAUGUCAAAAUACCCUUCUUAGAGAGCAUCCUCAGUUAUAUCUUAAGUGAAAGUAAUCUGUGGAGAAAGAAAUCACUUGUGCAUCAUUACAUUGCAUGCAUUGUCUCUUAAAGUGACCACAUCUAAUUUACUAGCUGCUGUCGAUGUCCUUAAUGUUAAUCCAAGAGAAUGACAGGAAGAAAAUCACUCACUGCUCUCUGAAUUACUUUGUGGUUUUAACAAGAAUGUUAAGUGUUUUACACCAUUGGUACAACUUGCACCGGGGCCACACAAACCCCAGCUACGGCCCUGCCCUGUUUGUUUAGGUUUUGUACUUUCAAUGAGGACAUUUUGUGCGUCCUUCUUUGAUUUUUUUUUUUUUUACGUAUUGCAGAUGUCUUAACAGUGAGAUACUGCACUUUUGUUCUGUAUAUGACAGCACGUUCAGUGUAGAAUAAAAGCAAUGUUUUUCA